CUGGAAGGAAUAUAUCGUGCUUUUUUCCCAUUUCAGUUCAGUCUCUUCGUGAGCGAUCGUAUAGCCUUGAACAGAUCGCUGGACGACUAUCGGAAACCAUCGUGUAGAGCGAAAAAGUACAGAGAUAUCUCGGAACUGCCGUCCACUUCCGUUAUUAUCGUCUAUCAUAAUGAAGCCUUUUCCACACUACUACGCACUACACAAAGUGUCGUCGAUCGGUCACCUCGUCCACUUCUGAAAGAAAUCAUUCUCGUAGACGACUUUUCAAAUAGAACUUUUCUCAAAUAUCCAACUUUGGACAAUGCAAUACGGAGUUACCCAGUACCGGUGAAAAUUCUGCGAACGAAACAGCGAGUCGGUUUGAUCCGGGCGAGGCUGAUGGGAGCACAGGAAGCGACAGGUGAUGUGCUCACUUUCCUUGAUUCCCAUUGUGAGUGCACCGAGGGAUGGUUAGAGCCGUUGCUUGACCGAAUAAAGGAACAUCGAUGGUACGCCAUGCCAUCCGAUAUGGCAAAGCAGCGUCUGGUCGAUCCAACCUCUCCGAUACCCUCUCCAACUAUGGCUGGCGGACUGUUCAGUAUAGAUCGUCGCUACUUUGAAGAACUUGGCACUUACGACCAUGGAAUGGAUAUAUGGGGUGGAGAAAAUUUGGAAAUUUCUUUCCGAGUCCUAGAUGGAAACAUGGUCCGCGUGGCCGAAGUUUGGAUGGACGAAUGGAAGUUCCUUUUCUACAAACUAUCCCCACGUGAGGAUUGUCAGCAGCCUUCUAGAGAAUCGCUUCACCCAUUGGGGAUCGUUUUAGAGACAGCGAAACUCCGCAGUGUUGUGGACCUGAGCGAGCGCCUUGAACUUCGACGUCGUCUGGGAUGCAAAAGUUUCCGAUGGUAUCUCGAGAACGUGUUCACCGACCAUCACAUGCCAAUGGAGGGCGACUUUUUCGGUCGAAUACAUUUCCCUUCUGACAUUUCCAACGCAACCUGUAUAGCCUGGACUUUAGCCAUGUCAGGCAUCAAAAAAGUCACGCAGGCUCCUUGCCACGACAAAACUGACAAAACUCAGACUCGAGUGAAUUAUGUAUGGGUUAAUCGGCCAGGAGAGCCAGGAACUAAGAAACAUCAGUUGAAUAUGGCGCCCUGUACGUUGGGAUUCGAUCAUUGGCAGUUCUGGAUAUACACAAAGGACGGACAUCUGAAGUCCGAUGAGCAUAUGUGCCUUUCAGCUACUCAGGUAGUGCACACUAAUGGGGAAUGGGCCGUGCAGCUGAAGGAAUGUGCUGGUUACGACAUGGAAAUCUGGGAAUACAACAGACAGAGACGCACGCUAAAGCACCGUCAAAGCGGUCUCUGCUUAACUCAGCGAGAUCCUGAAAUGGAAAAGUCAGAGAACCUAUCGCCGCCAACCAUCACAUCAUGCGUGCGUGGUAGUGAACAACAGGUAAGAAGCAUAUUCAGAUACUCAAUCAUG